UAGGAGACGGAGGGAGGGGACCGGAGCCCGUGAGUCCCGGGACCAGCGCCGUGUAGACGUCCACAAAGUUUCCUCGUCCUCCACGGACGCGGGACCGCGGGCCAAGGUCCCCGGAGUUCCCGUGCCUGCCCCCAGCCGAGCGGCCGCAUCCCUCUGCGGAGCCAGGGAUACUUAGUGUUACUGAGAAGAGCAGCUGGGCGGACCCACAUCAUGAACCGGGCCUUCAGCAGGAAGAAAGACAAAACAUGGAUGCAUACACCUGAAGCUUUAUCAAAACAUUACAUCCCCUAUAAUGCAAAGUUUCUUGGCAGCACAGAAGUGGAGCAGCCAAAGGGGACAGAAGUCGUGAGAGACGCUGUGAGGAAACUAAAGUUUGCAAGACACAUCAAGAAAUCAGAAGGCCAGAAGAUUCCUAAAGUUGAAUUGCAAAUAUCAAUUUACGGAGUAAAAAUUCUUGAACCCAAAACAAAGGAAGUCCAACAUAACUGCCAGCUUCAUAGAAUAUCAUUCUGCGCCGAUGAUAAAACCGACAAGAGGAUAUUCACUUUCAUAUGCAAAGAUUCCGAGUCAAAUAAACAUUUGUGUUAUGUAUUUGACAGCGAAAAGUGUGCUGAAGAAAUAACAUUAACAAUUGGUCAAGCAUUUGAUCUGGCAUACAGGAAAUUUCUAGAAUCUGGAGGGAAAGAUGUGGAAACAAGAAAGCAGAUUGCUGGGAUGCAGAAGAGAAGCAGCAGAGGCAGCAGAUGCUGGAUCCAAGAUUUAGAAACCGAAAAUAUGGAACUUAAAAAUAAAGUCCAAGAUUUAGAAAACCGGUUGAGAAUAAGCCAAGUGUCAUCCUCUCCAGCCGGCAGUGUCACGGUGAAAUCUCCUUCCACUGACAUCUUCGAUAUGGUUCCCUUUUCCCCAAUAUCACACCAGUCUCCCACGCCUACUCGCAAUGGCACACAGCUCCCACCAGUACCUAGCAGAUCUGCUGAAAUCCAACGGGACCUUUUUGGAGCUGAACCUUUUGACCCAUUUAACUGUGGAGCAGGGGACUUCCCUCCAGAUAUUCAGUCCAAAUUAGAUGAGAUGCAGCGCCAGAGAUGGAGGGGUUCAAAAUGGGAUUAACUCUUGAAGGAACGGUAUUUUGUCUCGACCCGUUAGACAGCAGGUGCUGACGUCAAGAAUGAAUGAUCCUGACUUACGCUUAGUUUGUUUAUAUACAUAUAUAUCAUUCAUUAUUUCAAGACAGUUAUUAUAUCUGUGCCAAUAUAUUUUUGAAUAUCUAAAUGUUUUUAAAUCUAUUGAAGUAAAAGCUUCCUCAUUCACUGUUGAUUUAUCUUUUAUUUUAAGUAUAACUAGUGUAAUGUAUAUUGGAUUUUUAUGUUCCCUUCUGUGGUAUGGGUGAAUCUGUAAUUGAGAGAGAAGUUUACUGAGUAUCUGCCUUGUCUGUGUUCUAAUAAUCAUCACCUUGAAAUUUAUGCUCAUUCUCAAAGGCAUUAGUUCAUUAUCCUAGUCCCCAAGCCUACCUUGAUAUUUUUUCAAAUUUCUGAAACAGGAGACCAGUAUUGAGCUAUACAUGUUCUAUUUUGAUGCCAAUAAACAGGCCACUAGUGAAUAGAUGGAUGUCAUUUUGUAUCUAAAAUGUUCAUCUCAUUAUGAAAAUCAAAAAGUUUAGCAAUUAUACUGCAAGUUUACCAAAUUCUAAAAUAAGAAUAUAAGUUCUAAUAGUAUUAUAUCAAAUAUAUUUAGACUAUUAAUAAUUACUAUAUAAUAACAUCAGUCAUUUACGUUAUAUUCUAAAAAUGUUUACUUUGUCUCAAAAGUAACAAUUGUGGGAAAAGUGCUUCCCUGAAAAAAGUAAAAAUUUUAUUUCUAGUGUGUUGUCAUAUUAGUAUAACAUUGGGCCAUCAUUUGCUCUGAUAUUUUAAGAAAUGAAGUUUUUGCUUUCUACAGAUGCAAUGCCUGCCUGUUGUCUAUUUUUAUUUUGCCUGUGAUGUGGUAUUUCUCUUACCGACCUUAUGUCUCUAUGCCACAUUAAUUUGAUACUUUAAAUUUUCUGAGAGGUAUUCUAUUUAAUUUUAAGAAUAUUUAACGAAUUUAAUUUUUGCUCUGUUAAAGUCAGAACCUGUUUCUCACAAAACCUUCUCAUCAGCUUCAUCUCCAAUAUGAGCAAUAAAAUUCCGUAGUGUUAAUGCUGAUACGCUGAUGAACCCCGACCUUUGAAAACAUAUGUUUCCAAUAUAUUUGCCUAAGGUGUAAAAUACUAACAGUGAUAGUGCAGAAAAAAAAUAUGGUCAAAUUUCUAAUUUGGUUAGUCACAAUAUAAGAAAAUAAAGUAAUGAAAAUAUGGGCUUGGUUGUAGGAAAUUUAUCAAAAAUAAGUAGAUUUCUACUCAUGGAGUUUUAUGCAGGUAUUAAAGGUACCUUUUCAUUAGGAACAGAAAUCAAAUAUGCUUAUGCAAUACUAUAUUUGUACCACCAUGCUCUACAGUAUAGAUGAGCCUUUCUAUUUAUGUUCUGUUAAGCCUGAUAAGUCAAACCUGAAUUAGCGGGUAGUAUGCAUUUCAUCAGGAAGUUUUUGCUGUUCUAUUUGUCAGAUAGUAUUUUGGAAUUUGUAUAAUGAGGAUAUUUAGAAGCCAUAUAAAUGGCUUUUUUUAAACAGAUAGAGUUUGUAUUUUUAUUGUUCUUUAAAAAGCUUUAUGUACUAGGUAUAUAUUUAGCAAACAUUUAAUAUCAAUUGUAACACGAUAGAAUACUAAGAUGAUAUUUGCACAUUUAAGAUAUGUUACUUAUCAGUUUUUAAUGGUGAUCUGUUCUGCUAAUGGCAUGAUCAAGUAGUACAUAAUUGGUCAUUAAUAUGAACAUGUACUUCACCAGUGAAUUUUUAUGAAGACAUGAUUGGAAAUUGUAUUUCUAUGUAAACUCAAUGAUAUGUUUGAAUUUGUUGAGAAUAAAAGAUUUUAAA